AUGAAGCUCAGCAUGUUGCAGCCAUCACUUGGCUGUCUCUUCAUUCAUGGCGCAUUGUCCUCUGUCCUUCCACGAGGCAAUGAUGAUUAUGCCGGGCAUCCGACACUGGGCCACGAUAAGAUCGUCCCGCUCACCCAGAGCGCCUCGACAGGAUUUGAAGGACAGUUAGAGCUUCGAUUUAAUCCGUUCCUCUAUGUUUCAGGCGGCUGUGAUCCGUAUCCCGCCGUUGAUGCCACCGGCAAUCUUGGAGAAGGUCUGAGGCCGACUGGAGGUGGCAGAAGCGGAUGUGAUGCUGGAGGCACUGCCCAAGUCUAUGUCAGAGGUGGACAAAGUCAGGAUCGUACUGGUAUCAUGUUUUCCUACUACAUGCCCAAGGUCCGCUGGGGUAAGGGCAACAACGAAGGUCAUAGACACUACUGGGCCAGUGUUGUAGUCUGGUUGAACCAGUUUGGCUGCGGGGAAGACGCCUCAUCCGUGUCGGCUGUGGGUGUGUCAUUUACGACCGAUCAUCUUGUCUGGGAUACUGCACCAGCGGGCACAAUCUCGUACGCUUCCUCGGGAGUCGGCGUGGAUACGCCGACACACCCCAAAAUGCAGAUUCACGACAACGCCUUUUCCCCAUUUACGGGUGCUGAUGGAGACAAGGUGUUUGAGCGCACAGCCGUCAGCUGGUUCUCUCUUCCCGCGGCUGCGCAGAAAGCUUUGUCAGAUGUCAAAUACGAAAAGACUCAAGUGCCAUUCACCGACGCCAACUUCCAGGCUCACCUGGACGCCGCAUACCGAGAAAGCUUUUACGGCGGUCUUACAGACCAGCAGGGGUGCUUCGGUCAAGAGGCUGGACCCAGUGUGAAAGAGGAUCCGAUCAGCGAUUCGCCUCCUAAGGACAAGGAGCCAGCUGGUGCUCCGCCUCCAAGCGGCGAGAAGGGGCCUACGAAUGCGCAGUGA